GCAGGAAGGUGACUGGAAUCAUUAACAGGAUACAGUACAGGGAGCCACAAAAGUAUAAAAGGUAAAGGCGCCUGCCAGCUCGACACACUCGUCCCCGCAGCUGAGAGUCUCGUAUCUCCACCUGCUCUUGCAUACCUGUCCCGGCUUCUCAGACCUUGACCAUCGCCGAGCCAUGAAGACCACGGUGAGCGUGAUGAGGCUGCUGCUGCUGGUGGUGCUGGCCAUGGUGCUGUCGAUGACGGACCCUACGGAGGCAAGUCGCCACGGAGGUGGCAGACGACGGACGCUGACAGGCUGCCUUGGACAAUGUCUGUGCAACACAGAUCCCUGCAACGCCUGUUUCACAGCUGUGACGGCCGGCACCACCACGACCUAUGCAGGCCUUGGCGCGUGUCUUGACGCGGUGACAGGUAUUACACCUUUGACCAAGAACACAUCAUGCGUCGUUUCUCCCAAUCAUGCAAGCAGGGAACGACAUGGAUCAAGCCGCCCCGGAGGACGCCACGGACCCAAGACCCUGAACAUUAUCUACGAACGCUGUUUGUGUGAGGACAUCCAGGGGACAACCACGUGCAACGCCUGCUUUGAUAGGGUCGACGCUGGCACCAUAACUACAUAUGCAGACCUUGGAGCCUGUCUGGACGCUGUAGUACCUGCUCUGUCCACCGCCACAACAUGUAUCGGCUGCCAUCAAGGCUAAAAUAGAGACUGCUGGAGCCCUUGGCAUGUUACCAUCGGCCACGCACUACUUCUCGAAAUCAGACCAGCCUACGCCCACGCCAAUGUGUCCUACUAAACGCAAACUCAUACAUGCCCCAAAAGGUUACACUGAGAAGGGAACGAUGGCCUGACCGAACCCAAGACCACGGCUACCAAUGAUGUUACUGCUGACACCACCAUCAACACUACUAUCUACUACUACUACUACUACUACUACUACUACUACUUCAUCUCUUCUCAACGGCAGCAUGCAUGGAAUUCCACAAGAUGCGAGCAGAGCACAUCCACAAGCACCACUACUAAAAUGAAGAAAUAAUCCCAAUGCUUAGGUUCUCAAGUCUCCAGCCCUGUUAGUCAGUUCUUUAAUUGUUUGUCUGUCUGCCAGUCUGUCUUCCGGCACACUUUCUGUUCUUGAUUUGCUUUGAAGAAUAAAAAAAAUUGCACCCCCA